GGAGUGGAAAUGGCAGUUAAGGCGACCAUACCUCUUGUGCGUGUCAUAGAAUUGAUAGCCAAGAACAGUGAGCCACAAGUGGGUUUUAUCUAUGAGACGAUGGAUCAGGCCAAAGAAACAAUCAAGGAGGAACUCGAUGAUAAAGAAUCCAUAUACUUGCCAUUUUGGAAGGCAAUUGAUGACAUAUGGGAUGGAUCUUUGCACAGCCCUCUCCAUGCUGCAGGAUACUUUUUGAAUCCAAAGUAUUUUUAUACUAACGAUUUCUAUGCAGAUUCAGAAGUUUUGAAUGGCCUUCUGUGCUGUAUUGUGCGUUUGGCUGAAGAUCCUAGGCUUCAAGGGGUAAUAAAUUCACAGAUUGAAGAAUAUCGCGGAGCAAAGGGUCCUUUUGGUCUUGGACUUGCUCAUCUGCAGUCUUCUCCAGGUAGUUGGUGGUUAGAUUAUGGACAUGGAUGUCCUCAGCUCCAACAUUUUGCUAUACGCAUUUUAAGCCAAACAUGUAGUGGUGCUGCAGGGUACAAUUUGAAGAGGAGCUUGGCCGAGAAGUUACUCAACAAGGGGAGGAAUCCGAUAGAGCAAGAGAGGCUGGCUGCAAUGGUGUUUGCGCACUGCAACUUGCAACUCCAAAAUUUUAAUCAAGGUAUAGCAUCUUACUUAGGAACUGCUGCCAUUGACCCCAUGGACGACUGGGUGGUUGACAAAGCAGCACCUGUUGUGUCUCGAAGCAAUGAAGAGGAGAAAGAAUUUACAUGGAAGGAAUUGGAUUGUGGGAACAUAAUAGGUGGUAGAGGGGAAGGUGAUCCAGGACCGUCUAAUUUCCAUUAACAGCGUUAGCCUAUAUUGUUCUGACUUUUGGGAAGGCUAAGCAAAUUGUAGACCGUGUAAUUUUUCUCAGUACAAUUCUAUAUGUUAUCGUCC